AUGUCCACUAGUAUGUUUGCACCCGCCCCCGAGCCGCCCACCGAGCUCGGUCGCUACCGCAUCCUCUCCUCGACGGCGGGGAUCCGGGUAUCUCCAUUGCAGCUGGGCGCGAUGUCCAUCGGAGACGCAUGGUCGGAAGGAAUGGGAUCGAUGAACAAGGAGUCCUCCUUCAAAUUACUGGAUGCCUACUUCGAAGCGGGCGGGAACUUCAUCGACACAUCCAACAACUAUCAAGACGAGCAAUCCGAGGAAUGGCUUGGCGAAUGGAUGACCGCCCGGAAGAACCGCGACCAGAUCGUGCUGGCGACCAAGUUCACCACCGACUACCGGUAUCACGCCCUGGGCAAGGGCAAGACCCCCAACCACGGUGGGAACCACCGCCGCAGCAUGCACGUGAGCGUGCGCGACUCGCUCCGAAAGCUGCAGACCGACUACAUCGACAUCCUGUACCUCCACUGGUGGGAUUACACGACCUCCAUCGAGGAGAUCAUGGAUAGCCUGCACAUUCUGGUGCAACAGGGCAAGGUGAUGUACCUUGGGAUCUCGGAUACCCCCGCGUGGGUCGUCAGCGCCGCCAACACCUACGCGCGGGACCACGGGAAGACACCCUUCAGCAUUUACCAGGGCCGAUGGAACGUUAUGCAGCGGGAUUUCGAACGCGAUAUUAUCCCCAUGGCGCGUCAUUUCGGGAUGGCUCUGGCCCCCUGGAGCGUCCUGGGCGGUGGCAAGUUCCAGUCGAAGAAAGCCCUGGAGGAACGAAAGAAGCAGGGCGAGGGGUUACGCAUGGCUUUCGGGACGGAUCAGACUGAGGAUGAAGUCCGCAUGAGUGAAGCUCUGUUGAAGGUGGCUGAGGAACAUGGCAUCGAAUCCGUGACCGCUGUGGCCCUGGCCUACGUGAUGCACAAGGCCCCCAAUGUCUACCCCCUGGUGGGUGGCCGGAAGGUCGAACACCUCCAGGACAACAUCCUCGGACUGUCCCUCAAAUUGACCCCCGAGCAAAUCACCUUCCUGGAGAGCGUUAAGCCGUUCGAUGUGGGAUUCCCGAGUAACUUCAUCGGCGAGAACCCCAAAGUGGCCGGACAUACCACGUGUUGGCUUAUGGCUGCCAGUGCCCAGCUUUCAUUCCCGCGGACACCAUAAGACUGAUCAUGACUGUACCUAGCUAUUUUUCUGUGUUUUCAAAUAUUAAUAAUUCCAACGAAAGUGUCCAACGUAGUCACAUAGCAAGGCCACAGGUAGCCGGUAGCCCUGCCAAUCAUCUAAACUCG